CACUUUCCAGGAACUCAAUGCUAGUGCCAUGGUUGCGGCGCUUGUCCCAAUUGGACCGCGCCAGUUCCAAACAGAUGCUUGCAGCCUGCUGAAAUUUGGUCCACUCAGCCACAUCCAGCCAAAGCGCUGGCAAGGGCAUUGCGGACCAAUUGCUUUGUGUUUCGUCACCUUCCUGGCCUCCCGCAAGCUGCGCCAAAUCCAUCGGCGAAACGCUUGGCGUGGUUCGGAGGGUGUGGCCGCCACAUCCGCCGUUUUUGAUCUUUUGGAUGUGCCCAUCAACUCGUCUCAGCAAGUCAAGCUGAAACGUUUCCUGGACAAAGAUGGUUUGGCGAAAUCUUUGGAGCGAGCUUUGCCAUCGCCUCCGCCCAUUCUGCUGCUGCACGACGGUCCAGGUUUGCCCUCCAAGUACUUAGAGCCUUUGGCACCGCGCCUUUGCAGCCCCAAUGGCCGAAGCUGCUACACGUACGACCAGCGGGGUUGUGGCCUGUCCCAGGGCGAGGGCUCUGCCGAUCUGGGAACGGCGGUCCUUGACCUUCUCGCGGUGCUACGGUUCCUCCACUGCUCGCUGGGAGAGGCAGAGCUUCAUAUUUUGGCACACGGAUUUGGAGGUGCUUUGUUGAUGGAAGCUCUUGCCAGACACGAUCUUUUCAGUUCACCCGGUUUGCCCAAGCUGCGAUCCUUUUGCUUGUGGAGCGUGGCGAGUUCCACCCAGCUGGCCGAUCAAGCAGCUGAAGAGCUGAUGGCGGCCUCUGCGCAAAGCGUGGGGCAAGCGGAUGCAGCCAGGGCCUUUUGGUUCCGACAUGUUUGCGCUCUGAAACCACAGCCUGCCUGCCUCACGGAGGCAUAUCAGCAGAGCGGCUUUUCCCCGCGCUGGGGUGCACUCCGAGGAUGGGACUGGAAGUCCCAACGCUGGGAGCUUCGCCCGGAAGGUGCCCUGGAUGGCUGGAGCGUUUGUCGCCAGGAGGUGGUGGCAUGUUUUCGAGGAGCCAAACCGCCUCGCGUGCCCGUGCUCAGCCUGCGAGGGCAACAUGACUUCGUCACGGAGGCCUGUGUUGCCGCCUGGCGUGGUGUGGAGGACGCUGGUGGGGACUUCAGUGAGAGUGUGCUGGGCGGCUGUGGGCAUCAUGCACACCUAGAGGCGCCAGACACGGUCGCUGCCACUCUGCGGCUCUGGCUGUUGAAGGUGGAAGACGGCCCCGCGACGUCUUCGCGGACGCCGUCCUCGACGUCCUGGACGCCGUCCUCGGGGGUGAAGGGGCGAUGGCUGCUGCGCGAAGAAGCUCGGCAGCAUUUGACGUCCUGGGCAUCCAAGCUCUGCUGGGCGAAUGCGCUGGCGAGCAACGCGACGCCGGGCGCGUGGCGAUCCGUUGGCCAAGGCCUCCCGCAGCGUGACAUCUUCGCACCGUCUCGCACUGCCCGGCGCUUGGCGGUCUGGGCUGCCGACUUGCCGGAGAGGCCGAAGAGUUCGGCCGAUGCGGAGGUCAUGAGCCUCUCAGAGCUUUGGAAGAACCGUCCACGCUGCAGUCGAAUGGCCUUGGCUCUGCAAGACGACUCCUUCGAUGCAGCCGCCAUUGUGUGUUUGGAGCGCACCAACGGCGAUGUCACCAUCGUGGGCAUGGCGCAGAAUCCCAGCGCCCCGCACCGCUGUGAAGGGGUUCUGGAGCACAUUGAGGAGACCGUGCAAUCUUCCAAAUGAGGUUCAGAGGGUGUGGUUUUCCAGCCUGGCUGACCUGCGGCUCCGUGUACAUAUUUGCUUAGACAUUUGCAGUUCAGAAGUGGAACUUCGAGCAGAAAGAACACUGGCCAGGGGCAUAUCAACGUUGGACUCUCAUGACUGACGCCUAACGUGGCUCUGUGGGCCUUUGCACGUUUUUGGUGUCAUGCUUUAGAUCAGCUUCUUGCUAUUGGGUGGCCCAAAUGACAAGCCAUCCAAUGCUCAUUGGCUAUUACUGUACAGCACUGUGUCCAUGAACUAUGCAUGAGAGUUUGGGCAUUGGCAACUGAUGUGGCCCCUGCCUUAAGUAAGGCUUCACGAGAGCAAC